GUCGAUGUUUGCCUUCCGGUGAAAAUGAAAACAGAUACACGUGAAACUAAUUAAGUGCCUGACAAUACUAUAUAUUUGUUGCAAACUUAACUCUGCCCUUUCCACAAAUUAACAUAAGAAUGAAGUUUGCAUAUAAGUCAAAACGCCUUGAAUUUUCCCAAUUCAAAGGGACCUGGUCCCGACAUUCCCAAAAUGUUUUCUAAUUUGCUGGGGUCAGUGUAUAAGAAGGGGAACCUGCUGUUCACUCCAGAUGGCAACAGUGUCAUGAGCCCGGUGGGCAACAGGGUCACUGUGUUCGAUUUGAAGAACAACAAGUCAGAGACCCUUCCAAUAGAGGCUCGUAUGAACAUAACCUGCAUCGCCCUAUCACCUGAUGGCUACACAUUCAUAGUAGUCAGUGAAGACGGUGAAGCCCUACUGUGUAGCCUGGUCAGCAAGACGAUACUCCACACAUACCACUUUCAUUCACCGAUACAUGCCAUCAAGUUCAGUCCAGAUGGCAAAAAGUUUGCAGUUACACGUGAGAGCAAGGUGCUGGUGUUCCACGCGCCAGGAAGGACGAGGGAGUACAACCCGUUUGUCCUGCACCGCACAUUUUACGGACCAUAUGAUGAAACCGUGUGCCUGGACUGGACCUCGAACUCUAGUGCCUUCUGUGUGGGUUCCAAAGACAUGAACACCAGAGUGUUCGGUGCCCAGCACUUCAGCAACCUGAUCGUGUACUCCAUGGGCGGCCAUAAUGAUGUCAUCAUGGGGGCGUACUUCGAGGCAGAUUCUCUAGAUCUGUACACAAUCAGUGCUAAUGGGCGCCUAAAUGUCUGGGAUUGCGACACAGAUCUGGACGGUCUCAAACCUUUCGAGGCCCCAGAUGGGGAAACCAGCACAAUAGAGGCACCAGAUGGGGAAGAUGAGGCUGAGGAAACAAAAGAUAAGGUUGUAAGGAUGACAAAAGAUGAAGAAGCCAAAAUGGUGGAUAAGAUUUUGUACAAACGAACAGCCAAGCACUCCUACAAGGAAGCCAGGGGAGAUAAGGCCGGGUUUGGGAAAGUAACGAGUACCGCCUUCCACAAGAACACCCACAUUCUGGUGACCGGCUUUGAAGACGGUGUAUUCUUCCUCCAUGAAAUGCCAGAUUUCAAUCUCAUUCACUCACUCAGCAUCUCUGAUCAGAACAUAGCCAGCAUAGAGUUCAACAAGUCAGGUGACUGGAUCGCGUUCGGCUGCUCUGGCCUGGGUCAGCUGUUGGUGUGGGAGUGGCAGAGUGAGACGUACGUGCUCAAACAACAGGGACACUUUAACAACAUGAACUGCCUCGCAUACUCGCCUGACGCACAGAAUCUUGCCACCGGAGGAGACGAUGGCAAGGUCAAAGUAUGGAACACGAGUAGUGGGUUCUGUUUUGUGACCUUCACCGAGCACCUGGCUGGAAUCACAGGGGUUACAUUCAACCAGAAAGGCCAGGUUGUGUUGUCUUCAUCACUGGAUGGCACAGUUAGAGCCUUUGACUUGAACAGGUACCGCAACUUUCGAACAUUUACCUCCCCACGACCAACCCAGUUCUCAUGCCUAGCAAUAGACCCGAGUGGUGAUAUAGUGUGUGCAGGCGCCAUGGACUCCUUUGAGAUAUUCGUCUGGUCCAUGCAGACAGGCAGACUGCUUGAGGUGCUUGCUGGUCACGAGGGUCCCAUCAGCUCCCUCAGUUUCAGCCCCACCCAGGUCCAGCUCGCCUCAGCCUCCUGGGACAACACAGUCAAGAUCUGGGACGUGUUUGAACACAAGGGGGCCAAGGAAACACUCAAUGUGUUGUCACAUGUACUGUGUGUAGCCUAUCACCCUGGUGGUGUGGAGCUGGCAGUUUCCGGCCUCAAUGCUCAGAUUUCGUUCUGGGACACAACGGAGGGCAAGCAGCUGGGAACCAUUGAAGGUCGCCAUGACAUUGGAUACUCCAGAAAGGAGGAAGAGAAAAUAACAGCCAAGAAGUCUGCAUUUGGAAAGGCGUUCAACACUAUAUGUUACUCAGCAGACGGAAACUGCAUUCUUGCGGCCGGUAGAUCUAAGAACGUCUGCAUUUACUCGGUAGCUGAUAAACUUCUGAUGAAGAAAUUUGAAAUCUCAUGCAACUUGUCAUUUGAUGGAAUGGAGGAGUUUUUAGACAAGCGGAAGAUGACUGAGUUUGGUAGCCUCGCCCUGGUAGACUCUACAGAAGGGACAGACGUCAGUCUGCCUGGGGUCAAGAAAGGAGACAUGUCAUCUAGGCACUGGAAACCAGAAGUGAGAGUGUCCAGUGUACAAUUUUCACCGACUGGUCGAGCUUGGGCAGCCACUACCACUGAAGGUUUACUGAUCUAUUCUCUGGACCACAAUCUGGUGUUUGACCCUUUUGACCUUGAGCUGGACAUCACUCCCUCCAGUGUGAAGAGUUCCCUGGCUAAGGGAGAGUAUUCCACUGCCCUGAUGCUUAGUUUCCGCUUGAACGAGCAGCAGCUGAUUCAGGAAGUGCUAGAAAUGAUACCAGUCUCAGAUGUGGAAGUAAUCCUUGCCAACCUUCCAGACGUCUAUGUGGACAAGCUGAUGACCUUCAUCGCGACCUUGAUAGAGUCUACAGCUCACAUUGAGUUCUACUUAAUCUGGGCGCGUCAGCUGUUGAUGCAGCAUGGACCGAAACUGAAACAGAGGUCACAGUCUGUGAUGACCUCGCUACGACUGCUGCAGAAAAAUGUGACGAGAAAGCUUGAGGAAAUAGGAAAAAUCUGCGAUCACAAUAAGUACAGCCUUCAGUACAUUAUCUCUCUGUCCCAGUCCAAGAGGAAACUUGCACAGGCUGAAGGAAAGGAGUUUGGGUCUGACACCGAAGAAGGCACAACCACGGACCGAGAGGGGGCAGAAAAGGGGAUUUCCAUAGUUGAUCCCAGUGAAUCAGGGGACAGUGAUUACAUGGACUACCUUAUUGAUCAUACAUAAAUCAAAAAAUGAAAUAAAACAUUAAAAAACUG